AUGGGGGCGAUUUCAUUAGCGCUGUUUGUGGCUGCCACUGCCCUGCUUUUCUCCCGAGACGCCACUCAAUAUCCCAGCGACCUGCAAACCAAGGAGACCCUUCCAGCAGAUGCAUCCAUCCAUCCUGCCUGUAAAGUGUCAAUUCACCAUCAUGACGACACGAAAUGUGUUAAAAGAGUCACGUGCAAGUGGAUCAUGGGUAAAGACUUCCCGGCCAUUGCUAAGAAAGUUGGAGAACAAAACGUCGAUUCUCUCCACAUCCAAGAAUGCCAUCUGCCCCUUGCACAUCAGAACGAAAUCAAUUUCAGUGGCAAUUAUACGUCGUAUGCACUCCAGUAUCUGGACAAUUUGAUAGGGCUUCACAUCGAAGGUUGCAAAGUCACAGGGAUUGAGCAGAACACAUUUGAUUCGAUGACACAACUUCGCUGGUUAUCCUUAAUCAACGCAACCCUACCUGAACUACCUUCUAAAGUCUUUGGUAAACUAAGAGAUCUAGAGAAAUUGGAUUUGUCGCGAAACGAACUCGGUGACCUCUCAUUGCAAAUCGAGUCCACCAAGCUGGAUUGGUUGAUCCUGCGUGGUUGUUCCCUUGACGACUUGAACAUCGUUUCGACAACGAGAGAACGCUUGAAUUUGACAGUAUUAGAUAUUACAGACAAUCACCUGACCGAAAUAGCUGGACUGGCACAAUUGCUAGGGUGCAAUGCAUCGUUGUAUCUUGACCACAACCCGUACGCCUUUCAUAGGAAGAUGUUCGGGGAAGGAUGUAAUGGACUAUCAUCUCUCUCUGUCUCGGUUCAGACUCAGCGUGAUAUCGACAAACUAGGAGCUGCCCUUAGUAACAUUAGAGUUCACAGUCUCAGCAUUUUUAAUGCCAGCACUUCGAAUGACAUUGAUAUACAGGAUUUUCGAAAAAAUUUUCAAUUUAACGAGCUGACUCACAUCCAAAUAGACGCCCUUGAGAUAUAUGAUUUUUCAAACUGGUGGUUAAAUACACUUACACCCGAAGGUAAGGUUAUAUCACCUGAGAAUCCAUUUGAACGUUUGAAACGAGUGAAGGCACUUCGUCUAAGGAGCUGCGCCAAUCCCGGGUACUACCACUAUCAAUAUGUAGCGAUGUACCCCCAGCGAGAUUUCCCAAAUUACAUGAAGGCGUUGGAAACAAUCAGUCUGAAUCAUGCCGACCUUGAUUCUUUUAAGAUCUUCUAUCCAACGAAGGUGACCACCCUCGACUUGUCCUUUGGGACGAGUUCACAACUUGUCCAUAACCACACCGAUCCAAGUACUAGUAUCAAGGCACUGAAUUUCUCCAGCUGUAACGUUGAGGUCAGACUGAUAAUUACGAGUUCUCGAGCAUCUCUCAUAGAAGAGCUAAUUCUUAGGAACAUGACUUUAGCAACCAACAUUGUCCGACAGAAUAUCACUAUUUGGCUGGCUCCCCUCCCAAGUCUACGUCACCUCGACCUGAGUGCUAACAGUGACAGUUACUACCCCCACAUCCCUUUCUUCACCUGGAUAGUCAAUGUCAGGGAAGCAUUUACUGGCCUUGAGAAUCUUGAACAACUCGAACUGAAUGAUACCGAUAUUGGCGCUGUCGAUAUCGAGGACUUAAAGUAUAUGUUACGGCCCUUAAAAAGCUUGAAGAGGCUCGACUUGGACAAAAGCAGAUUCUCCCACAUUCCAGAAGAUACGUUCCUGAACCAAGUCAACCUGGAGGAGUUACAUUUGGCAGACAACGAGAUCCGUGUCAUCGGACAUUCCGCUUUCCGUACUCUGGUUCGUCUGAAAUAUCUGGACUUGCGCAACAACAGGAUCGAAUUCAUACACGGAGAGGCCAUGGGACAUCUAACAUCGCUUAUGCACGGAACAUUCUUAUUCACAGAAAACAAUUUCGGUUGUCACUGUGAUCUCGCAGGAUUCACAAAAUGGCUAAAGGAACAUACUUUUCCUCAUGAGAACCGGUGCGAGUGGCGUAGUGAGAGAUGUACCGUACCGCUACACCUGAAGGACACCCCCAUUCUGGAUUACCAGCCCGGUUGGACGGACUGCGACAACAACCUACUAAUACUGACAGUAUCCUCGAUCUUCAGCGUCUUCCUGAUCCUAUCUUCGUCAAUAGCCAUUCAUUCCUACCGCCGCCGUCUGUCCAUCCGCUACUGGUACGUGCUGCAGAAACUGAGGCGCGCAAGAUCCCGGGCGAGGAACACAGAAGGUGGAACUCAGAACGUCAGUCUUGACGAACCCUUCGAUGUUUUCAUCUCUUUUGAACUCAACGACAGAUACUGGGUCGAAGAGACGCUUCUCCCGAACCUGGAGCACUCUGAUGACAUCAGAUUCAGGGUUUGCACAGUCGAUCGCGAUCUGAACGAUCCCGGCAGACCAGAGGUCAUGAAUAUUGCAAGAGGGAUUAGGAACAGCCGUAAUGUCAUCUUUGUUGUGACGCGGGAAUUUGCCCAGACUUCAUGGUGCGAGUAUGAGAUCUCUUUGGCAGAGACACAGUACCUUCAAGAGGGAAACUGUCGAUUAGUCGUCCUCUUCCUGCAGAAAUUUACCUGGGAGGAGCUGCCCCUCUGUUUGAAACGUCUCCUGAGUCACGUCAACUUCCUGCGAUGGCCGGCAACCGCUCAUGAGCGGAACGAAUUCUGGCAAAGGCUUCGUUUGAUGCUUCUCGGUGAGGCGACGCAGUCACUCACAAGGGUGUUGUAUACCCGAUAUUAGGAUGAAGACAGAGCUGUUGCUGCUUACAGGACUGUGAAUCCGUCAUCCCACCUGAGCGAACUUGGAUGGUUCUUUGCAUCAGAGUCAAUUUCUCUUCGGGCGAUGUGUCCCAAAAGAACUGCCUUGUGAUAUUUCUGACUCGGAAAAUUCAGAAAAAACGAACAUUUCGUUCAACUGAUGCAUUUUCUUCGUGAAAUCUAAAAAAUCUGCCGAAUGCCAUUUUUGUGAGAAAUGGAUUAUAGGAGAUUGUUUGGUAACUUAAUUUCCCUGCAAUUUCAAGGACUUGUUUUACUUACAGCGUCAAGGUCAGCUUUUGUAUACAGGUAAUCAAUUAUAACCGCCUUGCAAAUCUAGAGGGAAAAUACAUGUACAUGUAUUCAAGUAGUCAUUUCACUGUAAUCCUCAUU